AUGUUUUCAAAUGCAGUACAAAAACCACCGAAAAACAUUGAGGACAGAGUUAGCAAUACAUAUUCCACAAUUACAGUAGACGACAAACAUGGUGCUGGAAUUAAAAGCAACGUUAUCGAUGAAGCAACCCCGAUACGGAAUAACAAAAAUGGCAAACACAAAAGUGAUUUAGAGGAGGUUUCAACUUAUGUUGAAGAAUUUCAACAAGAAACACUCCAAGAAUGGACCAACAAACUUCAUAAAUUUGUUAUUACAAGAGCCACAAAGAAAAUAUAUGAUGCCACUUUGGAGGAAAAUAUAGUUGUCAUAGCAGGACCAACUGGUAUUGGAAAAUCAGCUAAUGCUUAUCACGUUGCAUUCCGAUUGAAAAGUGAAGGUUGUUAUACGAUGAUACCAGCAAGACAACCAGGUGACAUUAUAAAGUAUCAUAUAUCAGGAUCAAAACAAGUGUUUAUCAUUGACAAUUUUAUCGGAGAGUAUGGCGUUGAUGAGACUAAUAUACUUUCAUGGGAAAAAAAUGGACCAAUAUUGAAGAAUAUUUUUCGAAAAAGCAAUGAAACGAAACUCAUCCUUACAAGCAGAACCUAUAUUUGGCAACCGGAACAACAAAAGUGCAUCAGUAUAUUGUUACCUUACACAUGCGAUUUUUUGUCAGAAGAACUUUCGCUAUUAUUGGAAGAGAGACAGGCUAUUUGCAGAUCUUAUAUCAAACCAACCGAGGCAGCCAGAUUACACGAUGCAAUCAUUAUGAUGUACAAUUUUUUUCCGUAUUUGUGUUCCUUCUAUCCAACUACGAACGAUUUUAAUGUAAACCAUUUAUUUACAGCUCCUUCCCAGAUUAUAGAAGACGAAGUAAAUAAUUUAAAGGGAAAGUCGGAAGCUAUCUAUUUUGCAUUGGCUGUUCUUGCCAUCAAGCAGAAGAUUUCACGAAACUUCCUUUCCAUAGACAAUCAUGAUUCCAAUGAAUUGUUACAGGAUAUGUUUCAUGAAUCCGCUUUUUUGCAGUAUCCUUCUAAAAAACGUCUGAUGAGUUCUUUACGUAGUCUGUCGGGAUCCUAUGUAACAGAAGACAGUGAUAAAGUUGUAUUUGUUCAUGAAACUAUGAAAAAUAUCGUUCUGUUUUGUAUUGCAAAAACAUUUAUGAAAACCGUAAUUAAGUAUUGUACAACUGAAGUAUUUCUGGAUCAUAUUCGUUUAGAUUGUAUAGACGCAGAACAUGAUGUCCUCGCUAUAAAGGUUCCAACAGAACACCAAGAAACAUAUUUUAGACGUCUUGUAUUGGAGUUAAAUAACGGCUUAAUUUCUACCGUUUUUACCAACCAGCAGAACAAUUGGGAAAUUUUCAGAUGUAUGUUUCUUAAAUACAUACAAGAACAUUUAGAAGAUUUUCACAUUAAUAAUACACAAAAGGGGAUGGCGAUGCAUGUUGUUUCAACGAAUGGAUAUCGUGAAUAUGUUUCAUUUUUCCUUCAAGACAAAAGUAUGGCAAAAAUAAAAGACUCUGCUGGUAAUACUCCGCUUCACACAGCAUGUAAAAAUGGACAUUUGGAGGUUGUAACAAAUCUGAUUGAAACUGAUUCAGAGAUUUACAUUGCAAAUACGGAGGGAAUAAAACCCCUAUUUUAUGCAUGUGAAAAUAAUCAUUUAGAAAUAGUAAAGUUGUUACUGACAACACGAUUAAAUGAAAAAGUAAAAAUAAAUGAAAAAUAUAUGACAAGGGAAAAUAGAGGUGUACUGCACGUGGUUGCUGAGCAAGGGUUUACAGAUCUUGCUUUGUUUUUGCUGAAAAUGAAAGCAGAUGUUAAUAUUCGAGAUGCUAGAGAACGUACACCACUGCACUUAGCUUGUAAGACGGAACAUUCAUCAAUGAUACCAGCUUUACUCGCGUAUAAGGCAAAUAUUAAUGCAAUAGAUGUUGGAGAGAGAACUCCCUUAUAUGUUGCAUGCUGUGCAAAUCAGAAAGAGAUUGUAAAAAUGUUGAUCGAUAAUAAAGCUGAUAUCAAUUUAAAAACUAAGACUGAAAAGCGACCUUUGCAUGCUGCAUGUGAAUACGGAAGUAUCGAGAUUGUAAAACUACUUAUAGAAAAUGGUGCUAAAUUCGGAAAAAAAGAAAGUAACAAAUGCGUUGUACCCUUGCAUUUAGCUUGUAAAAAUUACAACGAAGAUAUUGUUAAACAUUUAAUUUCGUGUGGGUCAUCAGUUAACCAAACAAUUGGUGAAGGCAUAACUCCCUUGCAUGUAGCUUGCAAGUUCGGCAAUGAUAAAGUCGUACACGUAUUGCUUGGUAAUAAAGCUAUUGUAAAUGAAAAAGAUAAACAUGGAUGGACACCACUUUUUUAUUGUUGUAAAAAAGGCUUUAAUACAAUUGUUGAAAUACUUCUGCAAGAAAACGCAAAACCGAAUAUGUGUGAUGAAAAAAAAGUCACACCACUAAUGAUUGCUUGCAAAUGGAGUAAAACAGAUGUUGUCAAAUCUUUGUUGCAUGCGAAAGCAAAUGUAAAUCAUUGUGAUGCAAACCAUUGCACAUCCCUUCAGUUAGCUUGCAAAUCUGACAAUGUAGAGGUUGUUAAUUUAUUAUUAGAAUUUAAAGCUGAUAUAAAUAUGUCAGAUAAAAAGUCCUUCACCCCUCUACAUAUAGCAUGCAUGAACAAUUGUCCAAAUGUGGUACUAAAAUUGAUAAAUAAUAAAGCGGAUAUUAAUGCGCGGGAUAAAGACGGACAUACACCAAUAGUCAAAGCUGGAAUGAACACAUAUCUUAACAUUGUAGACAUUUUACUUCGUUAUGAAGCAUCUGCCGAUAUAUGUGAUAGAGCAGGACCAUCUCCUCUACCAAUUGCUGAUAAUUAA